UAUUGUAGAAAAUCCUGGAAUCAUUGAGUGAGUUGUAUUUUUAGGAUAGAAUAUAGAUAAAGUUCGAACACUCAUCACCAGCAGGUGGCGCACUUUAUACUUCAACCUGCUGCAAAAACAAUACAAAGGGAUGAAUUAGAUUACAGAUCAAUGAAAUGGUGAUGUUGAGCUGAAUUGAUCAUGAUUUCCGUGUCUUACAAUGAGAAACAGAUUAUUCAGGACGGUAAUGUGACAUGAUGGAAUAAAUGCGCAGGCGGUGAGGGUUGUGGCUGCGCGUGUUUGCGCUCAGGCUGCGCACCGACCUCGUCCCCGUAAACCCCGAGGAGGAGCGGUGAGGAGCGGAGAGCAGCUGGUCUGCGACAUGGCUAAAGAAGGAGUAGACAUGACGGAGGAAACCGAGUUCAUGAUCGAUAGACACGUGCAAGGGAGAGACGCGGAGAACGUGGCGGGUCCGCGCAGCGACGCCAAAGAGAUGCGAGCGGUGGUCCUGGCGGGGUUCGGGGGUCUCAACAAACUCAGGGUGAGCAGGAAGCCGAUGCCCGAGCCUCAGGCGGGGGAAGUGAAGAUCCGCGUCAAAGCAUGUGGCUUGAAUUUCCUGGAUCUGGUCGUUCGUCAGGGGACAAUAGAUAAUCCCCCCAAACCUCCACUGGUCCCUGGGUUCGAAUGCUGUGGAAUCGUGGAGUCGGUGGGUGAGAACACAAAGGGAUUUGAGAUCGGCGACAGGGUCAUGGCGUUGGUGAACUACAACGCCUGGGCGGAGGUGGUGUGCACACCGGUGGACUUUGUCUACAAGAUGCCAGACGACAUGAGUUUUGCUGAGGCGGCAGCGUUCGCCCUGAACUUCGUGGCCGCCUACAUGAUGCUCUUUGAGGUCGCCAAUCUGCGGGAGGGGAUGUCGGUGCUGGUGCACUCAGCAGGAGGUGGUGUAGGUCAGGCUGUGGCUCAGCUGUGCUCCACCGUUCCCAAUGUCACCGUGUUCGGGAUCGCCUCAUGCUCCAAACACGCAGCCAUCCGAGACUCCGUGACUCACCUGUUCGACAGAAACUCGGAUUAUAUGCAGGAGGCCAAAAAAAUUUCUCCAGAGGGAGUCGACAUCUUGUUGGACUGUCUGUGUGGAGAGAGCACAGGGAAAGGCCUGAGUCUGCUGAAGCCACUGGGAACCUACAUCCUCUAUGGCGCGUCAAACAUGGUCACCGGGGAAACAAAGAGUUUCUUCAGCUUUGCAAAAUCGUGGUGGCAGGUGGAGAAGGUGAACCCCAUUAAAUUGUACGAGGAGAACAAGGUCAUAGCUGGAUUCUCGCUCCUCAACCUCCUCUUCAAACAAGGCAGAUGUAGCCUCGUCAGAGCAGUGAUGGAUAAACUCUUGCGUCUCUACGAGCAGAAGAAGAUCAAGCCAGUCGUGGACUCCUUGUGGGCACUGGAGGAGGUAAAAGAAGCCAUGCAGAGAAUUCACGACAGAGGAAACAUUGGGAAACUCAUCCUGGAUGUGGAGAAGUCGCCCACUCCUCUGAUGGCCAGUGACAGCACAGAGACCAGUGAAGCAGGAGAGGAAGAAGAGGAGCCUGAGGGGGACAACGACAGCAAGGAGCGCAUGCCCUUCAUCCAUUAGAGCCUGCUAAGGGCUGGACAGAGUCACCACAGAGGAACUCGACCACACACCAGUGUUGUACAGUAUGUGCUGUAUGCAUGAAUGUGCCGUAUGUAUGCAGAGGGAAUUUAUGUGUCUCUUGUCUGUUUUACUAAUGUUUGUCAGUCGUUUCAGUUGUUAUUUUAAGUGACAGUACAUUUACUGUUCAUUUAAUCUGCCUGCAAUUUAUUUGAAUUAACAAUGGACUGAAGAAGCAUUUAAAUCAGCUGAUUAGCAUUUAACAUUAGAUUUAGUAAAGCUCCCAAGUGUUGGCAUGUUUAAACAUUUCACAAGUUAUGAAAACAUUUAUUUAAUUCUCCUGUCCUCAGAGUUGACUUCAAUGGAGUAUUAUGGUGGUACUGAAGAUUUGUUUUGUUUAAACGAAGCUGUAAUGAUACAGGAAUAGUUUCGUAUUUGAGAAGAAAUUAGUAAUACUAUGAGAAAAUAAAGAUAUAGUAUUACUAGACUAAAGUCCUAUUUGAGAGUUUGUUAUAUCAUAGUUUUACACGUUAUUCUUUUUAAAUCGCCCUGAUACUGAGAAUCAUUUGACCCCAGUGUUUUGAUGCUUCUGACUAAGGGGAUGAUUCACUUUCUCUUUUGACUUUGUGUGAUGCAGGACAGAAAAAUCUGUAUGAUCAUAUCUGCAUGAGGUUUUAUUCUUUGGUGCCAGCCUUGAGAUAUUAUGGGAUCACCAGUGCCUUUCAGCUAUAAAGGAGUGUUUUAAUACGCAACGUGCUUUCCUCAUGUGAAGUUCAUAUUGAACAAACUAACAAAAAGGUAUUUUUAACUGGAUUGUGAAAACAGAUUCAUACACUUAGAAAUGAUUCCUUACUUAAGCUAUAUAUUCAGAACCUUAACUUAAAUACAUAAUAUACUACACCAACCAGUGUUGCAUGAAAAUCGGAAUUUCAAAAGAUGGAAUGUAAAUUGUAUCAAAAUCUAUAAAAAUACAAGUGAAACGAUUAUCAUUUCGUCAUUUUCUUAGGGAGAAUGAUGAUGAAGUCUGACCGAUGAGUCUGCUUUAUCUGACCAAAGUUAUUUACUUUUAACAACAGUGCCAUAAGACUCCCAAGGUAAAUUAUAUUAACUACGAGCUGGUGUAUGAAGGCGAAGUGGUUUAGAUUUGAACAGCAUUGUUUAUUUACUUUAUUUAAAUAAGAUUCCCUCUACUCUAAAUCUGUGGGUUGUUACUGAAAUACAGCGGAAGAACAGCUGACAAGGAACCGAUGGUUGCCAAACACUCGCACCCAUCUAAUCAUGGGAUUGAUUUGUUUUAAUUAGUCAAAGUACAAACAAAGUGCAUUGAAAAUCCUUUUCACUAUUUAUUCGGCAUUGCCUAUUCAGUAGGUUUUAUAUUUUAUAGCAUCUGAAUCAUUAAAACAAGUAAAUGCUUUGUAAUCAUUUUAAAGAAAUAAAAAUUAACAAUAAAGCAAACACAUUAACUAACAGGACUAAACCCUGCAUGCUUUGAAGCUAAACAGUAAACAGAUAAACAGUGUUCGUGUGCGUGUGUGCGUGUGUUUGUGUGUGCGUGCAUGUCAGAUGACCUUGUAGAGUACGUGUUUAUAUGCACAAACUUCCCUAUAAACUAUGGUUUACCUGUGGUCGUGUAUUAUUUUUGUUGUGUACUUUCUUUGAGCACAGCUCUGUUUACUUGAA